UGUGUCGGAGUGGGAGACUUGUAUAAACGGUGUGACUGGUUUUAUGACAAUUGCUAUGUAGUUAACAAAAUAACAAUUAAUAAUUUGCCAGAGUUUCCGAAGUCUGCGGAGCUGCCUAGAGCUAAUGCCAUAUUUUACAAUUAUUUACAGGCGCGUAGCCAGAAAGAAAAUGAAGUGCCACUUUAUUCAAAGAUGGACGGCCGCUACCCCUUGGGUCCUCUACAGCUUUCGAGUCAGGAAAUAGAGGAGUUAUACUUAUCUUGCUCACAAUGUCAGGAGAACUUUCUAAAGAAGCACGACUUAUUGGCGUAUCUUUUACCUUGCCUCCAUACUGUCUGUAGUGAGUGCGUAAGUGGUUUAAAUCAAACCCACUCGACGAAGAUAGACUGUUUUGUAUGUAAGGAAAGUCAUGAGUUCCAUUCUGAUGACAUCACAAAGACAAUCCCCGUGGACCACACACGCCCUGAUUUGAGGGAUUUUAUCUGCAUGCAUAAAUUCCCGCACGAAAUUUGUUGCACUCCUUGCAAUGAUGAUGGUGUUAAAGCUUACUCGAGGUGCACAGAAUGCGCGGAAUUUUUGUGCGCAGACUGUACCGCUGCACACACGAGAACGACCACAACCCAAUGCCAUGACGUCAGAGAAAUAUCUAAGCUGAAAGAUGCACACGAUUUGGAAGUGUUUCACACACUCUUGAGAUGCCCGGCGCAUAAGGAAAACAAUCGUGAAAACAGUCUGACGUUAUUUUGUUCCAAAGAAACUUGUCAGAAACCUAUCUGCUUUUUAUGCAGAUUCAUUAGUUGCAAAGAAUCAGAUGGCCAUACAAUCUUAGAUUUGAAAGAAGCUACGGCAUCCUCGAAAUUUUACAUGGAAGACGAAAUUAAGAAAAUCCAGAUCACUCGUCGGGAACUCCAGAGAGUGAAAUCAGUCGUUGAAAGCGAAAUAGAGGAGAUGGAUGGAUGUGAAGUGAAACUGGAGGCUUCCAUUGAUUCUACCAUUGACGAAAUGAUCAACAAGUUGGAGACACGGCGACAUGAACUGAAAUCAGAUCUUAUGAAUAGAACUGAAAUCAAACGAGAAACACUCCGAAACCAGAAGAGAGCUUUAGCUGAAAGACAACGGAACAUUGAUCAAGGACUGCAGUUUGCCAAACAAGCUCUUUGUUCCACAAAUGAUGCAGCUUUCUUACAAAUAGACAAAACCAUUAUGGAUCGAUUGUAUCGAUUAAAUCACGAUCCGUUCGAUAGAAAACCUCACGAACGCGCAUUAGUAUGCUUCCUGUUCUCCAAAGCAAAUUUAGAACUGCAGCGGUUACUAACUGAGAACUUAAAGGUUUGGUCUACAUCUGUUUUUUCGCCAAACACCACGUUUAACGUGCCUGGGGAUGUGAAGGAAAACCGCCAAACAAAGAUGUUGGUGUUUUUAAGAGAUCACCAAAAACGACCUGUGGAAAUGAAUGCUCUUGAAAAUGUGACGAUAACUGUUGCCGAUCCAGCAGGAAGCCAGACUGUCCUGACUCCUACGCAUGACGUCCAGUCCGAUCCUGGUGCUCUCAUUGUUUCCUUCGUACCGCUCACUUCCGGAAAACACCAGCUAUCUUUGAAAAUAAUGGGGCAGGUUGUGAAUGAAAAGGACUUUGUUGUGGCCCCUAGUGGUUCGCAGUCAGGACAAUGACCAACUUUUGACCUUUUUAACAGCGCUAGGGCACAUUCGGAUGUGACGGAGGGCGGAUCCGGAUGUUUUGGCGACGGAGGGCGGAACUGUCUUAUAUAACACUUCAGUGAUAUCAACAUGAGCACAUCUGAACUUAUCUUUGAAUCGUCAUCGCUUUAGAAUCAUGCAGCUAAUGAUUAGCGAUGGAAUCAGCUAGUGGUGACAAGCACCCUAUAUAUAUAUAUAUAUAUAUAUAUAUAUAUAUAUAUAUAUAUAUCCUCCACAUGCACAUGGGAAGAUUACAUUAUUUUAUGGGAAGAUUACAUUAUUUUUAAUUGUUUUUAUAUAUGCAGCUAUUCUCGUGUAGUGUGAAGACUGUAUAAUUUAAAAAGACCAAUUUUUUUCUCAAGAACCCAAGGGGUAAAAUUGAAAAAAAAAAUGUAUGCCUAUUCAUUGACGUUUAUCAUGGAAGUGCGCCUGCGCGCGGGAAAAGUGUUACAGUAUGCAGUGAAACGCCAUUAGGAGGAAGAUUUGUUAGAUAUGUAGUCUAUUUUAUGAAUAUGAUUUUAUGUUGAACAGGAACUUUAACUAUUGAUUAAGUCACUCUGUAUAUAUUACUGAGGUGUUUCAUACCGAUCGUUACACCGUUCGUGCCACACUGGUUUUGACUACGGAUUACUCCUACUGGUGUGUCCAAAGGUCCGUGUUUGCCCAACUAUCUAUUUUGUAUUGCUUAUGGGAGUUAUGAGAUUGGUCAUUGUUCGUUAUCUUUGUCUUUCAUGAAUUGCAUGAAAAUUAUCUUUUGGGUUAAGGUAGGAAUAUUAAAUACUUUGGACAUUGCAUGGUGAAGCGAAUAACGUGUGUCUGUUGAACAAAUAGAUGCAUAAAAGGUGAAGAUAACCAACAAUGAUCAAUAUUAUAAGUCCUAUAAGCAGAGAGUUGGGCAAACACGGGCUCCUGAAUAUACCAGAGGUGGGAUCGGAUGUCUAGGAGGAGUAAGCAUCUCUGUUGACCGGUCACACCAGCCGUGAACCCUAUCGAUUGAUCAGGGAAACGGAGUAAUCCGUGGUCAAAUCGGUAUGCCAAGAAGUGCCUAACAAUCGGUAUGAAACAUGUCGGAGAGCAUUUAACCUACAGAUAUGUUGUAUUGGUAACGUAGAUCUAUCCUUAUAAAGACCAUAGAAUGUGCGAAAUGCUGACUUUACACUAACUUUUUCGUCAGUAGCCUGUGUCAUUUAAAAACUGAUCAUAUGCAGAACAAACUCUUGUGUAUCGAAUCAAUUGAGAGAUCUAAACACCAUAUGCAAGUGAUAAUGGAAUAUUACUACAUAAAUACAUGUCUUAAGUUAGGGAAAGACGUACUGUACAGAAUCUUAUAAUAAGUUAAUACAGUCAAUUUGUUUGAUUGCUAUCAUUUAAUUCCAACCACAGUUUGUUAAAUGAAUGACACGUUUAAGUUAGCUGUAUAUUCUCUUUAAUUGUUUUGUUUUGCUAAGUUUGAUCCAAUAAAGAAAACAAAGUGUA